UCAGCAGUCACCUACAAGUUGUACCACACUUACUUGUUAUGGCAUAGGCAAACAACUUGGGAAUCAUUUUCCAAGCGCACUGACUAAGAAGUACUUUAUAGCUUAGGCAAACAACUUUAUCGAGAAGAGCAAGACCAAGAGCUAGGCACAGAGAUGAAGCCAGCAGAGAUUGAAGGAGCAAACUCACAUGAUGAAGUUGUUCUCGUCCUAGACCAACAAAAUCCUAGAGCUCCAUCUAUGGCUGCUGAGCUCAAUAAGGACCAGUUUGCACCAGAAGAAAAGACUCAAAACCAGAAAUCCCUACGCCGUCUUAGCUUCUCCAAACCAAAGUCUAGAUUGGCAGAGUUCAGAACAAAAAUCGCAGCUGAAUCUUGGGUCAUUGAACCCCAUAAGUUUGAAGAUGACAAUUCAUCCACAGACAAUGAUGAUGAUGAUGAAUGGAGCGAAAAAGUUGAGGAAGAUGAUGGAGAAACAAGACGAUCAGAAAGGUACAAAAUGAAGAAGACCCGAAAAGUUCAAUGGAGACUCAUUGUGGAAUGGGUUUUAUUUAUCAUCAUAAUGGCUUGCCUAAUGUGUUCCCUCACAGUUACUUCCUUGAAAAACGAACUUAUAUGGGGUUGGGAAGUCUGGAAGUGGUGCAUAAUGGUAAUGGUUACCUUCAGUGGCCGCUUGGUUUCAGGUUGGGUGAUGGGUUUUGCAGUGUUCUUAAUCGAGAGGAACUUCAUGCUCAAAGAAAGAGUGCUAUACUUCGUUUAUGGACUUAGAAAGAGUGUCCAAAACUGUGUCUGGUUAGGCCUUGUUUUGCUUGCAUGGACCUUAAUGUUUAACAAUAAAGUCCAGAAGGAAAAUAGAAUACUGAAAAAGUUUUUCCAGGCAUUGGUGGCCGUACUAUUAGGCGCAACUAUUUGGCUUCUCAAGAUUAUCUUGGUCAAAAUUCUGGCCUCAUCAUUUCAUGUCACAACCUACUUUGACAGGAUGAAAGAAAGUGUUUUCCACCAUUACAUACUGGAAACACUUUCAGGUCCUCCUUUGAUGGACGAUGAGCAUGAAGAGAUCGAUCAAGUCCAUCGAAACAUGUACAAGUUGAAGAAGUUGGGGUCUAGGAAAAUUGAUAUGGAGAAGCUGAGGAAGCUGAACAUGCAAAAGAGAGCUUCCACAUGGAGUGUGAAGAGGCUUAUUAACUAUGUGAGGUACACUAGAUUAUCUACAAUUUCAAAGACUGUUGAUGACUUUGGCAAGGCUGAGGAUGAAAUUAACAGCGAGUGGGAGGCUCGGAAUUGUGCUCGAAGGAUUUUCAAGAACGUAGCCAAAACGGGUGCCAAGUAUAUUGAAGAGGAUGAUCUAAUGAGAUUUUUGAAGAGAGUUGAGAUUCAUACAAUUUUUCCACUCUUUGAGGGAUCGCUUGAGACCGGAAGGAUUUCCAAGUCUUCAUUUAAAAAUUGGGUGGUUCGAGCUUACUUUGAACGAAAAUCUCUAGCACAUUCAUUGAAUGAUACCAAGACAGCAGUACAACAACUUCAUAAGUUAGCAAGCUCAGUUGUUAUUGUGAUAAUUAUUGUGGUGUCCCUACUCGUGAUGGAGUUGGCGACAACCAAAAUAAUCUUUUUCGUAAUAACCCAGCUAGUUCUCUUCAGUGUCGCAUUCCAUAAUACCUGCAAGACUAUUUUUGAAUCUAUCAUCUUCGUCUUCAUUAUGCAUCCUUUUGAUAUAGGAGAUCGUUGUGUCAUCGAUGGUGUUCAGAUGAUUGUGGAAGAGAUGAACAUUUUGACAACUGUUUUUCUUCGAUAUGAUAAUGAGAAAAUCUACUACCCCAACUCACUUUUGCUCACAAAGCCGAUAAGUAACUUUUACAGAAGUCCAGAGAUGAGUGAUUGCAUUGAUUUUAGCAUUGAUCUCUCAACAUCAAUGGAGAUUAUCAUUUCACUUAAGAAGGCCAUACAAGCAUACAUCGAGAGCAAGCCAAAGUAUUGGAAUCCAAAACACUCUGUAACAGUGAAAGAAAUAGAGAAUGUGCACAAAUUAAAAAUGUGUUUAUGCGUCCAACACACCAUCAACCAUCAAAACUAUGGUGAACGAAACAAUCGGAUUACAGAGCUUUUAUUGGAGUUGAAGAGGAUCUUUGAGACACUUGGCAUUAAGUAUCAUCUUCUUCCUCGGGAGAUUCUUCUCACAAAAAUGAACAUUGAGAAUGGGAGGAUGCUACAACAAUCUUAAUUGACUUGAAUGUUGAAGUUCAAGAAAUAAAAGUUGGUGACCUAUUUUUCUAAAGCUCGACUACGGUACCCCAUAACUCUAUGCACCUUUGAUGGGUUGUAUUAAACUAUCAAGCUAUUCUAAUUAUGACGCUAGAACAUUGGGAUUACGAUUAUCCCAAUUUUAAGAUGGAUUUUAGAACAUAUUGUUGUGCUUUACACUUGUGUUUGUACCUUCAACUCUCGUUA